AUGGGUCCUAUUUCAAUCACAUCCAUGUUUCCUGAUCUCAACGCAAACACACCAUUUACGACAGGAUUAAAUGCUGCAAUGAGGUCCAACACUGGGAAAAUUGUAUUUUUAUUCAGUGGACCUCAGGUCGGCUCCUUCGACUAUGAGACAAGGCGUCUCGAGCAAACUAGAAGCAUUUCCGAUGCAUUUCCUCAUUUUGUUGGUACAGCCUUUGAAUUCGGACUUGAUGCAGCUUUUAAUACUCACGGUAGGAAUGAAGUAUAUAUUUUCAAAGGAGAAUACUAUGCACAUUUCAAUCUUGUAACUAGCGAGUUUAUUGGUUUUAUCAGGAAAAUCCUUACUGACUGGCCUGCUCUUAAGCGCAUAAUAUAA